UCCUUCCUUGACUUCAGCUGAUCUACCCUCAGAAUAGAACAGUGGAUUUUUUUAUGCUUGCAGGCACAGACAGACGCUGCUUUAUUGAACGAUGCUGCUGUUAACGAUCGUCGCAGGCCUUGCUGUGGUGACGACACUGCUCAUUUUAUUUGCACCUUAUAUCAGAAAAUAUGCAUCAGGAGGAGUGUGCACAUCCACAUCUCGCCUGGACGGGAAGACGGUCCUCAUCACAGGAGCCAACACAGGGAUUGGGAAGGAGACAGCCAGGGAUUUGACAAUGAGAGGUGCUCGGGUGAUAAUGGCCUGCAGAGAUGUGGAGAAGGGUGAGGAGGCUGCAGCCAGUAUACGAGCUGCUGACCCCAAAGCACAACUGGAAGUCCGCAGACUUGAUUUGGCAGAUACCUGCUCAAUACGUGCCUUUGCAAAGGAGUUCCUGAGAGACUUCGAUCACCUUCAUAUCCUCAUCAACAACGCUGGUGUGAUGAUGUGUCCUUACACUAAAACUGCUGACGGUUUUGAGAUGCAUAUUGGAGUCAAUCACUUGGGUCACUUCCUGUUGACGUACCUUCUGAUUGGCCUCCUGAAACGCAGCGCUCCGGCCCGCAUCGUCGUGGUGUCCUCCCUGGCUCACUACUUUGGAUGGAUACGUUUCCACGACCUUCACAGUCAGGGCAGCUACAACGGUGGACUGGCCUACUGCCAGAGUAAAGUGGCAAAUUUGCUGUUCGCCAGAGAGUUGGCUCAAAGACUCAAAGGCACCAAUGUGACGGUGAACGCCCUCCACCCAGGGACGGUGAACUCUGACCUUACCAGACACUCCACCCUCAUGAUGAUCUUCAUGUCACUCUUCUCCAUCUUCAUAAAAACUCCACGGGAAGGAGCUCAGACCACCAUCUACUGUGCUGUAGCCGAGGAGCUGCACUCUGUCAGCGGGAAAUACUUCAGUGACUGUGCUCCGGCCUCGGUGGCUCCACAAGGAAGAAACGACCAGACGGCGAAGAGACUGUGGGACGUCAGCUGUGAACUUCUUGGUAUUGAGUGGGAAUGAUUUGAACCAUGAUUUUGUCAAACCUUGUCCACGUGUACAUUGGGUAUUUUUUUAAUAAUGACGAAGUAAUUUUUCAAAAUUCCCUUGACAGUUAAGAGACUAGAUUUUCAGUGAUGCCGUUUAGGAGCAGGGUUUUUUUUUCGCUUGUUUUGAGCCAAUUACAAUAAGUUUAUAGCCGUUUUGUUAAGCUUCUGUUUGGCCAACAUGGCUUCAUAGAUAGGGCUAUAGCGCCACCUCUUGGUUUGGCACUUGAAAAAACUUGACUUGCACAUCCUACUGGGUUUAAUCAUAGUCCAUAUGUGGACAUAGACAUUCUGCCUGCAAAUUGAAAAACAAAAGUCCUGGAAGUGUUCAACUGGUUUUGGAAGUACUUUCAUAUGAAAGAAGUCAAUAGGAAAUGUUAGGAAAAAUCAUUCAUAAUUUAUAACACUUCCACAAACCAUGGAUGUAGUUCCAGGGCUUUGUCUAUUUUGAUUUAAUGACCACACUCACUACGGAGCAGGUCUCAGUUCUUUUAAAAGUCCAUUUAAUUUCGGUCAACAUCCAAUUUUUUCAUCUGUCAACAUUCUAAAUAAUUACCAUUUUUUGUGUAUCAAUGCAGUAAUUCCUCAGUGAAACUUUGCUUUGAUGCUGAUGCAACAGCUUCAGUCAUCUACAACCUUUCCACUAUUUUUCUGAGAUACAGACUUUUAUAAUCGUAUGUAUAUUUUACUCUAAAACAAUGUGACUUCAGCUUAAGCAAAAAACAUGAUGUACAUUAAAUAUACAGUACACAUAUUUUCUCUGUACUAGGACAGAGGUCCCCGACCUUGCUGGUGCCACAGACAGGUUUCAAAGUGUGGUGGAUAAACACUGCAAAAUAAAAGUGAUACGACUGUUAUACAAACACUUAUGAAGGUCUUAUAAAGUGACACUUAACAUGCAGAGCGAACUGGAGUGUUUCUGAGAAUCAACGAACAGGUUUCUGCUGCGUCUGUGGGCUUUUCCAUCUUAAAGACAUUCUUCAAUCUUAACCUAAUUUGUUAAAUGAUGAGUUUGGCAGUCCGCUUCAAAAACACAUGUAGUUUUAUCUGCAGAAGUUGGUGCUCACAAAGUGUUACAUCUUACGAAUGACUGUUAAGAUGCAGGUGAGAAACACAUAUGUACUGUAUAUAGAAGCCCAGCUGCUCAUGUAAUGGAGCAGUCAAGGUGUCAGCCACCAUGGGAUUCUGAGAAUGAAUUACAGUAAGUCUGAAAAUGUGGGCACUAACUAACACACAGACGGCACAUCCUGGACAACAAAGGUCCUGAGUAUUUACCAGUCAGAGCAGAGAACAUUACAGUAUUUUCAAGCACAUUUACAGAAACUUGACAACAAUGUUAAACACUUCAGAUGUAAAUGAGGCAAACACUGGGAGAUCAUCUAAUUUUUAAAACAAAUCAUGUUAAUUCCUGUUAAAAGUCAAUACGAUGAAAAUAAUGUUUUGUCUCUGUGGCCCAGCACCAAAUGACCCACGGGCCUACACCGGUCUGGGGCCCAGGGGUUGGGGACCUCUUCUGUAGGCUACUGUGAAUGGUUAUGUCAGGGUAAAAAACCAGCAUCUGUCUCCAUUACUACUUGUUUAGAGUUCCUCAGAAUCACUUCACUUUUGUGCCAAAUUUUCUACACAGUUGCAGGGUUUCUUACAUUUUAAAUCCAGAUUGAUCUGGAGAAAACCAGGACACUAUGAGAGAUCUUCAUCAACCUGUCCCACCACAUGAGCUUGAAUUACAUACCAUAGAUGUAUUUUGUGAUAUCUGUACAGUCCGUGCUAUAAGGAAGCUUGUUUCCCCCUAUUUGAAUCAAAGUGGAUAAUUUCACUGUCAUAUCGACAGAACGUGUUUCUAUUCCAUUCGCCAAAAACGGCACAUUCCUGGCGCGAAAAAGGUCGACGUUUGUAUCUUUUUUCUCAUGACGUUGUGUGUUUUAUAUAAGCAGAAUCUGCCUUUUACUACACAUAGAGUUCAUUCAUGUCCAGAGUUGAAUGUUUACAUUUGAUGUAAAAUAAACAUUGAUAAUAAAAGAACUAGAGACUCACGGUCA